AUGGGAAGAUUAGAUAAAUUAGAAUCUUCUAUUAUCACUUCAAAGAAAAAGAAAUACCAGAGGGAUACUAAUGACUAUGCUACAAAUAAUAUUCGCAAAAAACCUAGGACUAAUUUUCAACAAAAUAAGUCCAGAUCCAAUGUGACUAAUUAUAAAUAUGAAACCAAAAAUAUCAUACACUAUCAGACUUUAGAAAGACGAUCACGAUAUGAUAACUCAGCCCAGGAAUGGACUGAAGUCAAAAGAAAUCAUCAUAAAUAUAAGAUGAGAUAUAGGAGGGAAAAUAGUCCACCACCGAGAUUAAGGAGGGAAAUCGAGACAUCUAAUCGGUUUGAACCAAUUAGAGAUCUGGACAAUCAUAGAGCGACUCCUUUUUUAGAGAAGAGAUGGAGGGAACCCCCUAAGGAUUUUUAA